AUGCUAUUGGACAGCUCUGCUGUCCGUAAACUCCUGGUAGAAGUAGUUGGGAUGGACGCGGAGUCUCUCAUCAUCUGGACCAAACCAUGAAGGUUUUGCCUGAUUCAACGGGUUUAAUUGAAAAUAAAGAGGAAUAAACAGCAGCGCUCACCAUGUACGGGUUUGUGAAUCACGCCCUGGAGCUUCUGGUUUUACGGAAUUACGGCCCAGAAGUGUGGGAAGACAUCAAGAGGGAGGCUCAGCUUGACAUUGAGGGUCAGUUCCUUGUAAGAAUCAUAUACGAAGAUGCUAAGACGUACGAUCUUGUUGCAGCUGCAAGCAAAGUUCUGAAGGUUGAUGCAGGAGAAAUCUUGCAGAUGUUUGGGAAGAUGUUUUUUGAAUUUUGCCAGGAGUCGGGCUAUGACACCAUACUGCGUGUGCUGGGCUCAAACGUUCGGGAGUUCCUGCAGAAUCUGGACGCCCUACACGACCACCUGGGUACCAUAUACCCCGGGAUGAGGGCCCCAUCGUUUCGCUGCACCGACGCAGAGAAGGGAAACAACUUGAUCCUUCACUACUACUCGGAGAGAGAAGGCUUGCAGGAUAUUGUGAUUGGCAUCAUUAAAACAGUCGCUCAACAAAUCCACGGCACAGAGAUAGAGAUGAAGGUGAUCCAACCGAAGAGCGAGGAGUGUGACCACAUCAAGUUUCUGAUUGAGGAGAAGGAAUCGGAGGAGGAGGCAUUCUAUGAAGAUCUCGACGGCUUUGAGGAGAAUGGCACACAGGAGACUCGGAUCAGUCCGUACACGUUCUGCAAGGCCUUCCCAUUUCACCUUAUGUUUGAUAAAGACCUGAUGCUCACACAGUGUGGGAAUGCCAUCUACAGGGUUCUGCCACAGCUCCAACCUGGUGCCUGUAUCCUCCCGUCUGUUUUUUCUUUGGUUCGUCCUCACAUCGACUUCAGUUUUCAUGGCAUCCUUUCUCACAUCAACACUGUCUUUGUUCUGCGGAGCAAGGAGGGCCUGCUUAAUGUGGAGACCGUGGAGAAUGAGGAUGAGCUGACAGGGGUGGAGAUCAGCUGUCUGAGACUGAAAGGGCAGAUGAUUUAUUUGCCAGAGGCAGAGAACAUCCUUUUCCUUUGCUCGCCCAGCGUUAUGAACCUGGAUGAUCUAACGAGGAGGGGGCUCUACCUCAGUGACAUCCCACUACACGAUGCCACGCGUGACCUGGUGCUGCUGGGUGAACAGUUUCGGGAGGAGUACAAGCUAACCCAGGAGCUGGAAAUUUUGACGGACCGUCUUCAGCACACACUACGGGCCCUGGAGGAUGAGAAGAAGAAGACAGACAGACUGCUCUAUUCUGUUCUGCCACCAUCUGUUGCCAACGAGCUGCGCCACAAGCGCCCCGUCCCGGCAAAGCGUUACGACAACGUCACCAUCCUGUUCAGCGGCAUCGUGGGAUUCAACGCUUUCUGCAGCAAGCACGCCUCAGCCGAGGGAGCCAUCAAGAUCGUCAACCUGCUCAAUGAUGUUUACACGCGCUUCGACAUCUUGACAGACUCUCGGAAGAACCCUUAUGUAUACAAGGUGGAAACAGUCGGUGAUAAGUACAUGACCGUGAGCGGUUUGCCAGAGCCUUGCACGCACCACGCCAAGUCCAUCUGUCACCUCGCCCUUGAUAUGAUGGAGAUUGCAGGACAAGUUAAAGUGGAUGACGAACCAGUACAGAUCACGAUUGGGAUCCACACCGGGGAGGUGGUGACAGGUGUGAUUGGCCAAAGGAUGCCCAGAUAUUGUCUUUUUGGAAAUACGGUCAACCUCACAAGUCGAACUGAGACGACGGGCGAAAAGGGAAAAAUUAACGUCUCAGAAUACACUUACAGGUGUCUGCAGUCUGCUGAGAACGCUGACCCUCAGUUUCAUCUGGAGUACCGCGGCCCCGUCACCAUGAAAGGAAAGAAGGAGCCGAUGAAGGUGUGGUUUCUUUCUAGGACGACCAACGACACGGAGUCUGCCGCAGUUAAACCAUAAACAUAAAAACACCGAGUGUUGUUCAAUGGGGACCUCAGCUCAUUAAGGUCUGUUGCAAAAGAGUGAAGGGAACCGUUAAAUUAAUAUAGAUUCAGAACAUAGAUAUUUUUAAUAUGCUACAGUAUUUAAACUUGUAUUCUCACCCUCCUUUUUUUUUCCUCACACAUCACAACCACACUGUAGUUUUUAGAAUUGUGCAGUAUUUAUAAAUCAUAUAGCUUGGUAAAUUCAUUGCAUUUUUUCAUUUUUUAUUUUUUUACAAUAAAGUAUUGCAUACAAAAGCUAGGUAACCGAUAAGCUAGACAUUGAAAAUCAGCAACACCAGUUUAGUGUUGGUGGUGUGCUCAUAUCACUUGAAAUUGCCACAAAAAAUAUACAGUUUACAUUCAGAAAAAGCUCAUUUGCCUUAAAAUGAUUGAUUAUUGUUGCACAUUUAGCAGCAAAAACAGUAAUAAAAAUUUAUUUAGAUGUUGGAGGUUCUGUGUUCUGUGUCCGCCUUUUGAUGGAAAACUGACGGUAAAAUGACGAUAAAAGAUAAAAAAAACUAACACUUUUAAAGUCACAGAUAAUAAAAAGUGUCGUAUUUUUAUGUAUUUUAACAGAAGUAUUUAAAUAGCUUCUUCAAUAAACAUGAACACUGGUUUUAUUUAUUUAUUCCACCUGCCUCGUUAUUCCUUUAUGUUUGUUGCUGUAUAAUAAUACAGAUAAACAGAAUUUCUAGCUCUGCAUCAUCCUAUAGAGAUUGUCUUAUCCUAUGUUUAUUGUUUGUUUUAUUUAACUUGUAUUUAUUCAUUUAGGCAAAAAAACUAACAUGAGAUGUGAUCGCCUGUGAAAACAAAAAAUAAAUACAUUUUACUUUGACUGAA